CGCUGCGUUGCGUUACGCAUACGUUACGUAGCCGGUGUUUUAACUUAACCUCACAUUCCAACUUGAGUUGAAUCAAGUCAUAACGUUUAUUAAAAAAACGUUAUAAACUAGCAAUGGUUAAUCUGGGCGACAUUUUCCCGAAUUUCUCGGCCGACACAACCGUCGGUCCGAUCAAAUUCCACGACUGGCUUGGCGACUCUUGGGGCAUUUUAUUUUCGCACCCCGCCGACUUUACGCCAGUUUGCACAACCGAAUUGGCGCGAGUCGUGCAAUUACACUCUGAGUUUGCAAAACGUGGGGUUAAAGUGAUUGCGCUCUCUUGUGAUUCAGUUGAAACGCAUAAGAAGUGGUUGAAUGAUAUAAAAAUGUACGCUGGGUAUUCCAUGGAGGGGUUUCCGUACCCCUUGAUAGCCGAUGAAGAUCGUAAGUUGGCCACAACGCUACAAAUGAUCGAUCAAGAUGAGAAAGAUUCGCAGGGGAUUCCCCUAACAGCGCGGGCGGUUUUCAUAAUUGAUGCGAAGAAGAGGAUGAGACUGUCGAUUUUGUACCCAGCGACGACUGGGAGGAAUUUUGAUGAAAUUUUGCGAGUUAUUGAUUCGCUUCAGUUGACUGAUAAACACAGAGUUGCGACGCCAGUUGAUUGGAAGCCCCAAGAGCACGUUAUGGUACAGCCAACUGUAUCUGAUGAGGAAGUCAAAACUCUAUUCCCACAAUUAACAAUAGUUGCCUUACCAUCGGGAAAAAAUUACAUAAGGAGGACUCCACAGCCUUAAGUUAAUGAACCAUAGUUUCGUUAUUUUUUGUACCAAGAUUCUCAAAAUAAAAGCUUAAGUUACUUUA